AUGGAUGUUACGUAUAGAGUCUUCGGUGAUUCUGAUAUGCCACUCGUUUUGCCCGAUGUCAAUGAUAAUGUCUAUGGAGCCAUUGACCAAGUAGGCUAUCGAAGGUGUCGAUCGCAGAGAGCCACGAUCCCCACCGAUUUCAAGCCUAGUAGGCAACAGGUGUUGGAGAUCGAAUCUGCCAAAAAGGAGCUUCUGUCAUUGAUGACAGACAUAGUGAACCCAUUCAUGAUUGUACGUAACGAUGUCAAUUCUUUUUGGACGUAUAUCUAUACGCCGAGUCUGGUAUCGCAGCACCAUUUCUCAGAGAUCGAUGGUCAGUUUAAAGCGCACCCGGACCAGUCAUACACUUUGGGACGAGCUGAACCCCGUAACGGAACGGACAGUUUCCAUGUGGAGUUUGAUGAGAGGGGAACCAUCAGUCUUUACGAAGAAUGGAAAAACGGGACAUUGUGCGACUUGACGUUGGAACCAAGAAAGAUCAAGGUGAGUUAUGUGUGUGAUCCUAGUUACGAGAACAAGGAUAUGAUCACGUCGAUUGCAGAGCUACAAAGUUGCGAGUACGAGACCAGAAUAUCUGUGCCGGAACUAUGUCGGUUUCCCAGUUUUAGAAAGCGAUCGUUGGAUUUAAGCAGACUAGAGUGCGAGGAAUACCUGCCUACCAUGUCGCACCAGGGAAGACUGAGUGUGAUUGACAUGAACAAGCUGGAUGCUAUUCCAUUGGGAGAGGGCGUGAUUUUGGGAACAAUUGCGAAUUAUCCGUUCCAUGUUUUGCUCACAACGGCUAUGAGAGGUUCUCUUGAUAAUACCACGGAGAUAAAUAGGCAACUGUUGAAAUCAGUGCUGCUGAGGAUAGCAAAAAGGACACUUACCAACAUCAACAGGUUUCCAUGCCCUGAUUGGUCGGAUCAGAGUGCCAACAGCUUUGUGUUUACGUCAGACCUCUAUGGCAUCAAUGGAAUACGCAUAGCCACGGUGUAUCUCGAGGUCUUGGAAGAUGAGGUAUCCAUCUCGACCACCGACAGUUCGUUCAGGUCGAACUACAUCGUGUAUAACGACAGGAAUCCGUUUCCGUCUGAGAUACUUCGAAACAGCAGAAGCUGA